AUGCCUCUGCGAUUUCGAGCGUGGCUGCGAGCCAACUCGACCACCGAGACCUCAAAGACAUGGGAGACAUCUGGGACAGACACCAAAAUUGCUCCCACGCCUUCUACACCACGUUCACCGCCGCCGCCGUAUGAAGCAUGCAUAUUUCAAGGAGCCACAGCACCACCCGUUGUGUCUCCGCCACCCAUCAGCGACCAAGCGACGCUUCCCCUUCUCCGAGCCAACAACCUAAGGCGUCAAGACGAGACACGGAUUCUGAAAAUCCUCGACCAUGUCCUGAAACACGCAAACGACGGCCUGGCGCGGCGUGGUGACAAUGGCAAAACCGCCGCGGCCAUCGCAGAUGCCGUCCAGGAAGGCUCCAUUGCUGCUGCCGUGACCGUCCGCAAGACCUUCACCGAGACAAGAUCGGGGAAGCUCGACAACGACGUCAGUGAGGGCUGCCGCAAAGUAGCCGACGCAGUCAUUGCCGCGACCGCCGCAACAUUGGUGGCGAACAGGCUGAGCACGGCCGGCAUUGCCGCCGAUUGCAUCAGCUUCGCGGCCCAGAUGGCUGCGAAGAACAAGAAGGGCGAGCUGGUUCCGUUAGCCGUCGCCAAUCAACUUGGAUUCACGGCCGCGGGUGUGGCUGCAGCCAUUAGUGCCCGCAUUAUCACCGGCAAUCUGUGUCUCGGCGACAUCCCUCUACCGUCGCGGUCCCAACUUCUGCUAGAGACUUGA